GCUGCGGGCUGGGGGUGGGAGCCAUGGACUCGGCGCCAGCCUUUGCCAUGGACAAGCCGUUCGCCCCCGGCGCCGUGCGCGGCCCGGAGCCGCCCGAAAACGCUCAAAGCCGGAAAAACUUCAGCGUCAGCCACCUCCUCGACCUGGAGGAGGUGGCGGCCGGUAUGAACGGGACCCCCGCGGCCGGUCCCCCGCCCGCCGGUGGCGGCAAGGCCAUCCCGGAGCCGUCGGGAGGCAGCAGCGGCAGCGAGGCAGCGCCCCAGGACGGAGAGAGCCUGAGCCCCAGCUGCGGGGCAGCCAAGAGGAAGAAGAAGCAGAGGAGGAACCGCACCACGUUCAACAGCAGCCAGCUGCAGGCUCUGGAGAGGGUCUUCGAGAGGACGCACUACCCCGACGCCUUCGUGCGGGAGGAGCUGGCCAGAAGGGUCAACCUCAGCGAGGCCAGAGUCCAGGUGUGGUUCCAGAACCGGAGGGCCAAGUUCCGCCGCAACGAGAGGGCGAUGCUGGCCAACAGAUCGGCAUCACUGCUCAAAUCCUACAGCCAAGAAGCAGCCAUUGAGCAGCCCAUGGCACCACGACCCACUGCACUGACCCCUGAGUAUCUCUCGUGGACCAGCACUUCCCCGUACAGCACUGUGCCCUCCUACAGCUCCGGCGGGACCGCAGCGCCCACCCAAGGGGUGAACAUGGCCAACAGCAUCGCCAGCCUGCGCCUCAAAGCCAAAGAGUUCAGCCUCCAUCAGAACCAGGUGCCGACGGUGAACUGAGCAGGGCAAACCCCAUCCCAUGGCCUCCUCCGGGACGCAGCGUGGAGCUCCAGGACAAAUCCGCCGCCUGCCCAACACACGCGCCACUCAUCCAACGUCUCAGCAUCUUCUCUCCUCUUCCCUUCCCUUCUGAAGGUAGAGUCAGUCCCAGGCCGAAGUGGCACAUAAUUAUAGCCACAUAUGGAGCGAACUUGGUGAGAAACUUGCUUUUCCGCACACCCUUAUAAUAACGGCUAUAUAUACACACAUACCCCCCACGCGCUCUUUGAGGACAAACAGACUUGCCAAGGGAACAAGAAUUUGCUUCCAAACAUGGAAGGAUCUUGGACUAUUGGAUUUGACCAAUUUGGGUAUCUUGCCCAGAGAGCCAAAGAGUUAUUGGGUCUUCUCCUCCCGCAGGGACAGUGUGGGAGGAUCACGGGCCCCCCUUUCCACCAGGCUGUGACUUGUGGCGCUCAACUGUGUGUGCCAAAGCUGAUCCAUGUGUUCGUUUCUUUGUGCAACCCCAGCCACACUGUGGGGUUUGGGACUUCCCAAAGUUUGGGACUUUGGGAAGCCAAUGGCUCACCCAUGCCAUGGCCGGUCUUGGCCAGCCCUCUGCACUGUGCUUCCUGCAUUUAGGAGCUGCCUAUGCUGAUGGCAUCGGGCUUUGUCCCUUCCCAGAGGGGCAAGCAGAGCUGCAGCACCUCAACAGACCCUCCUGGAGCCUGCGAGCUCUCCCGUGAGCUGGGGAUGCAUCGCCAACCCCCAGGCAGGCACCGCUGCCCUGCCUCGGUGGAUUUGCCAGCGAUUCUGCAGAGCCCCAGGUCAUUGAGCAGGCCCAGGGAAUGAGAAAAUUGGAAAAAGCUGUUGGGUUUCAGCUGAGUAGGCGGCUCCCAGCGCUCCGUGCCAACGAAGGCUUCGCCUUCCGGAGGCACAGCCUCCCCGGCAGCGGCUCCGCAGAUGUGCGCGGGGGUCUGGGGCCGGCAGCUCCAUGGGGGGAGGCUUUUUUGGUUUUGCAGAAAGGAAAUGGUUUCCCCCUCAUCCCACCCUGCUGCGCAGCAUAAUGAGGUUCCAAGGUGGGAGGUGCAGGGGAUGGACACGGGGUGGGCAGCCUGGCCCUGAUCCAUGGGACUGGGCUGUGGAGAGACGCAGCCUCCACCUUCCCCUGCCAGUUCCACUGCCAGAGUGCUGAGGUGUGGUGUCCCUGUGGACAAAGCCCGCUGGAAACCAGAUCACCCUUUCCUCACCCACUGGAAAGAGCCACCAGCCAAGCAUGGGGACACCACCAGCUCACAGGGGUGGCCUGGACAGAGAAGACACGGCCCUACUUCCCUGGAAGGGGUUGGUUUGGGGGCUGCAGCAAUAGAUCUGAGGACAAAGAGAGCAAUUGCUGAGGUGCCUCCUCCAGGUAAACAUCCUCUGGUUGGUGACACCAAGGCUGAAAGUGCCACAGCUACAAAGUGCCCACCUGAGUCCCCAGAGCUCCCAGGGGCAUUCUCUCCCAUUCCCACUGGGGCUCUCACUGCAGCUGCAUGUGGCACCCAGUGGCUCUGACACCAGGGCCAGCAGCUGCACCCCGGGCAAUGCCAGCAUGAGGGGGCUCACCCAGCACCCAGAGCUGGGGUCCUGAUGGGAGAACCACCUCCUCUGCCUGGGGUGAACCAGCCCCUCCAUCCUGCCUCCAGCCUUCUCUCUCUACAGUGCAGCCCCCAGCGGGGGACAGCCACGUUCUGCCCCUCAAACCUGGCAGGCAGGGAGAGGGCACAGCUGGGUGGCACUGCCCACCUCCCCCAGGGAGCAGUGUCACCCCAAACACCCACCCUCUGCCCCCCAUCUGGUAUCCAGGGCUGGUUUCCCUCCCAUCUGUGAUGCCAGCUCCCCACACUGCACAGAGACCUGCCAGGCCAGGGGGAAGAGGGAUCCACUGUGGAUCAAGCCAUGCACCCUGAGAAACACCAUCGGGGCAGGAGGAGGGGGCCGGGGGGGUCCCAUUCCCAUGGAAAGCACAGGGCUCUUUUUUCAGUUAUACAAGAUGAAACCACAGGGAUAUAAAUGUCGCUGCCUCUUUGAGAACAUUAAUGAAAAUAAACCCAUUUAAUAGUUUGCAGAUGCUGUUUCUGUAAACCUAAAAAAAGCAGGGAAUAAAUAUUUCUUCACUAAAUAUCUAUAUGUAUAUAUAUAUUUGAAAACAUUUGCUCCCAAUCUUAGGGCCCCUCCUUUGCUGUGCUUUUGGCAGCUUAUCACAGCUUGUCAGUCAAUGCUGAACUCACCAAGAAGAGAUACAAAUUGCACCCAUGGAGGGGUAGCAGGACUGAGGGAUUAUUGUAAUCUAAGCUCUCUCUCGCCCUUUCUAUUUGUACAUUUCAAUUACUUGUAACAAGAUCCAUGGUGGAUUUUUUUUUUUUCUUCUGCAUGUCUGUGUUUUGGAAAUUUUUGUAAGGUUUUUGUAAAAACAACUCUUGUGAAAUA